GUCUCCCUGGUUUAUGAGUUUUUGGCGCGGAUUACUCCAAGCGCGGCUUCCAGAAGGGUGCAAGAAGUUUCCAUGGUUUGUGUGUGUUUUUUGUUUGUUUGUUUGUUUGUUUUUUUAAGCACUGUGUUUAGAUCAAGAUGUCUGGUAAAGCAGGUGCUUCCAAGAAAAACUCUCAACAGUUAAAAAGAAACCCAAAGAGAAAAAAGGAUAAUGAGGAAGUGGUGUUGUCAGAGAAAAAGGUUAGAAACACAGUGAAAAGAAAUAAAAAUCAUCUGAAAGAUCUGUCUUCUGAAGGACAAACAAAGCACACUAACCUAAUACAGGUAAAGGUAGCAUCCAGCAAGAGAAAAACUUGGCAACCUCUUUCAAAAAGUAGCAGAGACCAUUUGCAAACUAUGAUGGAAUCAGUAAUAAUAACAAUUUUGAGUAAGAGUAGUAAAGAAAAAGAAGAAAUACAAUACCAUCUCAACUUCCUAAAGACAAGAUUGCUACAACUGUGUGAAACUCUGGAAGUUCCUCCCAAAAAGACAGAAGAUUUAGCUAAUGUGUCAAGUCUACUGAAUGUAGAAAGGGCACGAAACAAAGCUAAUGAAGAAAGUCUGGCAUUGCUGCAGGAAGAAAUAGAUAAAAUGGUAGAAACUACAGAGUUAAUCACUGGGAAUAUUCAGAGGCUAAAGAACGAAAUUGAAAUUCUGGCAAGUGAGGUAGAAGAAGAAGAGGAGAAGAUAAAGCAGAUGCAUCAAAUAAAUAAUAGUGGAGUCCUCUCUCUUCCAGAACUUUCUCAGAAAACUCUCAAAGCACCCACACUUCAGAAAGAGAUUUUGGCACUAAUUCCAAACCAGAAUGCUCUUCUAAAGGACUUGGAUAUUCUUCAUAAUUCCUCACAGAUGAAGAGCAUGUUAACAUUCAUUGAAGAAGCCUAUAAGAAACUGGAUGCCUCUUAAAGGGACUUUUUUUUUUUUUUUUAGAUUGCUCCAUAUGAAUUUAAUGUUCAGGAAUUUUUAGAACUGUUAACCUAUAAGUAUAUGUACAGAGGCUAAGUCUUUUGCAGGAUUUAUUAUCUUCUGAUAUACCCUUUAAAAUUAGUUUUUGUAGGUGUAUCAUUAGCAUCUAAUGUAGUUCUGAAAACUGUUUUUAGCACUUGCCAAAUCUAGGAAGCCAACAUUUAUAUUGCUGUAUCUACAAUUAUUUGCCUAGAACCAUAAAAUAGGAAUUGCCUUGAUGAUCUAAUAGUUUAUAAUAAUACCUGAAUGAAGUUCAUUCAUUGGUUAACAGCUCUUUUCAGGAGCUGUGAUAUGUAAGUGUUUACCUAUAGUGCCUAGUGCAUAUGCUAUCAUUCAUUUGUAGCCAGUGGCUUACAAUUUCUCUCUGGUCAUCUGGAACUUGAAAAAUCCUCAAAUGCCUUUAUUCUUUCACCUAACUCCCUAGUAUUUUUGUAGAGUAGUUAAGAUAUGCCUAGUAUAUUUAACUCCAGCGGUAAUAUAAAAAUUUUACUUCUUUGGUUGGUUAGUGAAUUGGUGUUGAAUAUUUUCUGUUGUCAUCAAAACAUACUUUCAAAAUUAUUUAGAAAGAAG